CCGACGCCGGCGGUGACGGAAGCACGCCGGGGGUGACCUCACCUUCCAACAUGGCGGCGGCGGUAGAUUAGGGCCGCGGGUCGGAGCAGCUACCGCCGCUGGGGGACCCUGUCGGAAACGACUGCCGUCGCCGCCGCCCGUUCCAUCUCUUCUGGGGCAAGGGGCCAGGGCCAGGUUUGCACAUCUGUAAGUAGACCUUCUGGAGCUCUGCCAGCCAACUCAAUGGCGUCCUCUACUACUGUGCCUCUAGGAUUUCACUAUGAAACAAAAUAUGUGGUUCUCAGCUACUUGGGACUCCUCUCUCAGGGGAAGCUACAAGAGAAUCUUUCCUUACUCCAAGCUUCACAUCCCCUGGAUCAAGAAGUUUUAUUAAAAGUUAAAACCGAAAUUGAAGAAGAGCUAGAAUCCCUGGACAAAGAAAUUUCUGAAGCUUUCACCAGCACAGGCUUUGACCGUCAUACUUCUCCUGUGUUCAGCCCUGCCAACCCAGAAAGCUCAGUGGAAGACUGCUUGGCUCAUCUUGGAGAAAAAGUAUCACAGGAACUGAAAGAGCCUCUGCAAAAGGCAUUGCAAAUGCUCCUCAGCCAACUCUUAAAAAAAAAUCUCUACAGGCCAGUGACAUAUCAGGCAUAUCGGGAAUGUACUCUGGAGACCACAGUUCAUGCCAGCGGCUGGAAUAAGAUUUUGGUGCCUCUGGUUUUGCUACAACAAAUGCUUUUGGAGUUGACAAGACGUGGUCAAGAGCCUCUGAGUGCAUUGCUACAGUUUGGUGUAACAUAUCUGGAGGACUAUGCAGCAGAGUACAUCAUUCAACAAGGUGGCUGGGGCACUGUCUUUAACCUUGAGUCAGAGGACGAAGAAUAUCCUGGAGUCAUUGCAGAGGAUAGCAACGACAUUUAUAUCCUGCCCAGUGACAACUCUGGACAAGUCAGUCCCCCAGAGUCUCCUACUGUGACCACUUCUUGGCAGUCGGAGAGCUUACCUGUUUCACUGUCUGCCAGCCAGAGUUGGCAUACAGAAAGCCUCCCUGUGUCCCUAGGUCCUGAGUCCUGGCAGCAGAUUGCAAUGGAUCCUGAAGAAGUCAAAAGCUUAGAUAGCAACGGGGCUGGAGAGAAAAGUGAGAACAACUCUUCUAAUUCUGACAUUGUUCAUGUGGAGAAAGAAGAAAUUCCUGAAGGUGUGGAGGAGGCUGCUGUGGCAUCUGUUGUCUUGCCAGCCAAGGAGCUGCGGGAGGCACUCCCCGAAGCACCAGCUCCCUUGCUUCCGCAUAUCACUGCCACUUCCUUUCUGGAGAUGAGGGAGCCUGACACAGAAGAGAUGACAGUGGAGAAAGUCAGCCCUGCUACAACUUUGUUGGUGGAACUUGGUGAAGAAGAGAACUUGAUGAAGACAAAAGCAGCAACGGUUGAAUCUGUUCAACUGGAAGAGGAAGUGAUCCCCGUGCUGGAACCCUCAGAAACACUGCUGAGUGAAGAGGAGAUACAUGUGAGGAGAGAGGGUCUUCGGGAAGUCCCCUCCCCUGCUGGAGAAGAGAAGGCCAUCCCACUGUUUGAGGGCAAGUCUAUACUGCUGUUUGGAGGGGCCGCUGCCAUUGCCAUCCUGGCAGUGGCAGUUGGAGUAGCACUGGCUCUAAGAAAGAAAUAGCAGAUUUUUCAAAAGAAGACAAAAAAGAUGGAAGAUGGAAGAUUUUAGCUGUACUGACUGAAUUUGAAUCACCAACAGCUGAUUUGGACAUUUGUGGAACAAUCUUGGAUAAUGGGGGGCUUCUGCUUAAUAAGGCAGUACAUUGAUCCACAUGAUAGAGCUUCAGGUAGAGGGCAUCCAUGUUUGUCUGAUUGUAAGUUCCAAGGGCCUUGGCUAAUGCCAAAUUCGGAAUCCACGUAAAGUACUCCUUCCAGAACAGGGUUUCUCAACCUUGGCAUUAAUGACAUCAUGAUUAAUUCUUUGUUGUAGGAGGUUGUCCUGUGCACUAUAGGUUGGUCAGCAACAUCCCUGGCCUCUACCCGCUAGAUAGCAGUAGCACCCUGCCCUCAGUUGUGACGACCAGAAAUGUCUCCUGACAUUGCCAAAUGUCCCCUGGGGGCAAAAUUGUUCCUGUGGAGAGCCCCAGCUUUAGAAGGGAAAGGGUUAACUUAGGAGAACCUAGGACAGAAAGUCCCAGGCAAGAGGGCUUAGCUGCAGGCUCCUCAGCUACUGAGUCGUUCCUGCCCUUGGGAUUUCAUCUUUCCUGAUGAAUAUGCUGUAUUUCGCAGCCAUUCCUCUGUGGCUCUUCUUUUCUUGCCCACCUUCUCAGGCCCGUAGUGUGAGGGUGCUCCCCUUCUGUCUCAUCUGCCUCUCAGGUACUGAUUGCUCCUCUUCACCCCCAGGUUCUUUGUAAAGUCACGUGGGAGAGUGCUUUCUCUGUGUCCGCUAAGUCCCUCAUGCUUCCUACAGCUCCACCUUGUAAAGAUGUUGCCUUCGGUCAUCUUUAAAAACAUAAAUAGAAAAGAGGCCUAGGGUUCCCUGCCUGUGAAUGCAAGCAAGGGCAAGUAACUGCUAGGGAGCAGGUGUUUGUCUCAUUGUCAAGCAGGGGGAUGGAUGACUUAGAUGGCCUAUUGCGGUCUCUUCUGGCCCUUUUGUGUAAUGGCCACGCUACUGAGCUUAUGGUGACUUGCUGGCAGCAUCUGUUGCUGGAUGGUCACUAUCUGUAAUCUGGCCUCAGUCUUCUUAAGAGUCAACUAGCUUUUCUGCGGUCUCUUGCCAUGUGAUAAGGAUUUUCAUACUUGGGCUUACAGACCAAUUGAAUCAUAACUCCUAUUAAAUACAGAAAGUCUCCCAAAUACCAUUGAAAUAAAAAGUAGGAAAAGAGAAGCUUGAAUUUCUUGAGCCUACUACCCUCGAGAUUCUAGUGUGGCUUUCAGAGUUCAGGAAUAAGAUUUCUUCCCAGAACUCUUUACAGUCCAAAUGCCAGAGUGAUAAACCAAAAUAACUCUAAUCAGUAAGUGCUAGUUGAGAAUCAGAAUAACUUUCUUUCAUCAGGCCGAUCCCAUCCCUAAAAGGGGGUGGGAGUGUGUCUUCUCAUGCCUGAGGAUCAGUGUGUCACUGUGCAGGACACACAUGCUUGACACAGGUCAUCUCAGAUCUUAGUAAAUGUAACAAAUUACUUUUUUAGAUCCUGAAAUUUGUAAUAAAAUUACUUUACUAUCCUGAUCACCAAAACUUGAUGUUUUAUUUUUUUUAUUUUUAUUUUUUUAAACUUGAUGUUUUAAAUGUUUUUUUUUUUUUUUUUCAAUUUAUUUUUAAAAAUGAAAUGUUCUCCCUAAAGCAAUACUAUUUAAAAGUUGGUCGAGGAAAGGUCUAAAAUGUGUUUGGUCAGCUUCAUCAUGCAGUUGUAUCUUUAUGUUCUGAGUUUUAGUGUCUUAGGGAGUGAUAUUUAAAGGGUUUUGGUGCACUUUGAUUAGGAUAGCUAGAGGUGAGGUGGGGGAAAUGGGAUUAAUGUAGUAAAGAUUGUUUUCCUCCUUGGUCUCUGACAGUUGGCUCUGACACUGGGGUUACUCUGUUCUAAUUGCUACUUUCCUGUUUGUGUAAGGUAAAAGCAAACUGAUGAGUUACCUUGAUUUUUUUUUCUCUUUUAUUUUCCUUCCAGUGUUCACUUGUAAUCUCUGGAUCCUCAAACCCAUUAGCUACAUGCAUUUAAGUACAAAUAGAAACCAGUUUUAUUUCAGAGCUACUAAAAGGCGAUCUGUGGCUUAGGAUAUUUGGGUCUGUGUUCUCCACAAAAGGAAAGAUCCAAAGAGUAUAAUAGGAUGCUGCCACAUGCCCGUUUAUCUUCCCAUCUAUUUAACAUGAACCCAAAGUGAUCUGGCCAAUUGGAUCUCGCAGGGUAAUGGUUAAUAUUCUUUUCUAUUGGCUUUCUCUAGAGAGAAUUGUUAGUUCGUGAGUAAUAGGAUGUGUCAGUGUCCCCAUUCCUCCUUCACUUCCUUACCAUCUGCCUCUGGCAAUGGAAGGGAAUACCCUGAUAAGGACUGCUUCUUACAGCAGCUCCUCCUUUUGGCUAUUAAAAUGUAUUUCUCAACCUCCCACCCCCCUCCUUUUUGGUGGGGCUGGCAGCAAACCAUUUCUUCCGCCCCUUCUAACUUAUAUUACUUCUGAAUCUAAGGUAAAAGGCAGAUUCAGAAUAAAUCCAACUUGCUUAUGGAGCUCAGAUGUGGAAUUAAGAACAUACCGUUUAUCAUUCCUCAUUCUUGAACUAUUGGGGACAAGUUUGUGUAAGUCCUCUAGAACACUUAUUAAUUGCUUUAUUGAAUGUAAUGACUUCUGAAAACUUGUCCAAAAGCCAGUGAAGAUUUCUUGAGAAAAAUACCUAAAAUUAAAAAGUGCUUUUUUAUCCUGUUCAAAUAAUCACUCUAGGCCCCAAGAAAUCAGUAUCUACAGCGUGCCUUACAGGGGCCUCUGGUGAUCAUCACUGUCUUCUAGAAAGCUUUCUAGGAAUCAGAAAGCAACAGUUGGCCAUCUGGUUCAUGCAUGGACCAUGAAAAGGCAUUCUCGACACCUCCCCUCGCCCGCGUCUCUGUGCCAUCUCCUCUAUUAGAUGCAGCUGCUCCCCCUCAUUGUUCUGGGAGAGUGAGCAGGGAGCCCAGAGGAAGGGUCUUUUGAACCAUAGCUACCAUUUAUUUCUUGUGGAAAUUAAUAUCUGCAGCCUUUGUGCUAAUUCCCUCUGAUAAUAAUACAAAAGUGAUGCCUUGGCUAUAGAACACCCAUUUCUCCCUGAAGGUAUGACAUAGACACGGCCCACAGAAUUUUGAAAUUAUUUUAAGAGAUGCUUCAUAGAAAUAAAAGGUAUUAUAGGUAA